ACGGUGUGUACUUUGUGCUCAAGGUGCAAAUCCUAGUGCUCUGCUUCCCAGAUCAAGCCUCUUCCAGCCACGAGCCAAGAUUAGCAGACGUCAAUCCACCUGACCAAGCCAAAGUCGCAGAGCUCGACCUAGUCACCCGGCAGCCGAACAGCGACUCGAGUUCCAGCUCGGUAGCAACAGCGUAUCAGCAGGCAACAUUCCGAGCAAGAUGAGGGGUCUGGGACCGGAUGGACAGCCGAAAGAAACCUACCCAUGCAAGAUCUGCGGGCAGAGGUACAGUCGUCUAGAGUACCUGAGGAGGCAUGAACGAAAACACAACUCGGAGAAGCCGUUCGGUUGUCCAGCUUGCACAAAAUCGUUUGCGCGAAGCGACGUCCUGCUUCGGCACAAGCGUCGAUGUCACCCUGAUGAAUUCCAAGAGUCAGAAGCGACAGCAGCCGCCAACGCCCUUCUCUCGGCGUCCAAUAGUCGACGAAGUUCAGGCUCAAAAGACGGUCGAAGACAGGGCAAACGCGCGGCUCAAUCUUCCGGGUCUGCAGACGAUGAGGAGGGGGACGACUCGCAGCCGCAGUUGAAGAAGCGAAAGGAAUCGGGCGCGUCCAAGACGGAGGAGGAAAACAUCCACAUGGAUCCCCUUUUGAGAGACGGGUAUGUCAGGAGUUUGCACGACAUGGCAACGAGGGCCGAGGAGGAUGGGCAAUACCGACCGGAAGAGGAUCCAUAUUACGGCCAACAUGGCGUCAACCAAGAUCCGUAUGGACAGAACGCGUCCGCCGGUCCGAGUGGGACAGGGUAUCAGCAUCAACAACAGACGGAUCUCGACCUCGGUGCAAAUACCCUCUAUGGGCACUUGCCGCCCUUAAUGGAUGAUCAUCAGAACAUGCAGCCCAUGCGGGACAUGUACCAUACAGGUCUCGACCUGGGUUCGACAUCGUGGGAUGUCGGGUACCAGAAUCCGAGUGGAAACAUGUCGCUCAACCAGAUUGAUGAGCUCCCGAUGAGCGAAGGACAUUUGCAGGAUGGCAUAGGAGAGCCCCGGGCUAGUAAUGGAGCGCAAUCGCUCCCGCAGCCACCACCAAACGGGGAUCAGCAUGGAAUCGAACAUGCCGCAGCCUUGCUCUCGAUGGCUUACCAGAUGCACAAGGAGCGGAAACCAUCGCAAGAAGAGAUUUCGCCCACCAAUGGAAGCUCGGGUUCACGCAAUCCUGACACGAGUCGAAACAACUCCAAUGCCAAUUCAAUUGACCCGGGCUUGCAGCAAGGCUGGCCGGCUUCUUUGCAGCCGGAGGAACAUCAUUACGUGAGAUCGCACAAUGUUCUCGCCGCGGGGACGCUAUUCGAGGAGGACACAGUCAACAAUUCAAACGGGAACGGGUUCGGCGGGUCGUUCGACUCGUCCAUUUACCUGUCGAGUAACCAAUUGGCGCGGACACAGGAUGUAGGGAGAGUGCCGGAUAUGGCGCUAAUGAGCGUGUUGAACGGUGGGGUUUGGUCUGUCCCUCAACCUUCAGCGACGGGAUCUGGGAUGAUGACUUCGGCAGGUAUCGAGUCAUGGGCGGGUGACCCGCUCAUGUUUCCGAACAAAUUUGGUACCGAUCCAUUCCUCAACUGGUCCAGUUACUUUCCGCAGGCGGAACCGCUGGAAUGGUCAGACGAGGUCGCUGAGCCGGAAGGCUGGGCACACCUUCCAGCCGCAGCGCUUUGCCAGAUGUCGCCUUACUCGGAGACGCCCUUGAUCAGGCUACAAGCGCUAGAGAAGCGCAGACGAUUCGGUCGAGAUCUUGACCCAGCUGAUCCAUUUUUCAUUUCCUAUGACCGUUUCAAACGAUGUUUCGAGAUUCCGCACUGGCACAUGCCGUCGAUACAGACCCUGAGUCGAAUCGCCAAACAAACAGUCUCUACCCUGAUCAUUCACGUGCCGAUCAUACAUAUGCCAACAUUCCGCAUGGCAGAGGUAUCAGCGGCGCUCAGCUUUGCGCUUUCAGUCGUUGGAAGUCCACGGCACUCGGCGAUCGCUGGUGAUAGGUCAAGGAAGGUGUUGAGCAGCGAACGUUUGGCGCAACUGAGAGCUUUAGACGUCCAAAGCUGGAUGAGAGGUGAGGGUAUCAUCGCUCCGGAUGCCUCCGCACCCCAGGUGGAGAUGUUAGAGGAUGCGCCUACAGACGAAGAGAAGCGGUUCGAGGACAACAAGCCUAUUGUGGUCGAAGACAAGCUCAAGAUGGUCAAAGACCAUUUCAAAUCCAAGGAAGCUCAGAAAGAUCCGGAAUUGUUGCACGGAUUCCUUCAGAUAAUGGUGUUGUUCGCGGCCCCUCUCCUCUUCAGUCCCAUCGAGAACCAGCGAAAAGCGGGAUACAAUGAGCUCGCCAUGAUUGUCGAUUGCGCCAAGCGAAAGACGGACGCUUUAAUGCCCAACAUGCCUCACUCCCGCAUUUACGGAAGCCCGCUCACUGACGCCAACUUCCUCGGACCCGGAUACAGCACAGAGAACCGAUGGAGGGAAUGGAUCAAGCUUGAAACCUGCCGUCGACUGGACUGGAUGAUCUACAUCUUUGAUACGCUCAGUAUCGUCGAGGCUGGAAACGCGCCGCUCAUCAAGCCCAGCACAUUAGCCGGUUUCCCCUUGCCAGUGCCCGAUACAGUUUGGCAAGCCCCUUCGGCCGAUGCGUGGUCGCUUGCCCUCAUGAGCUACUGCCCGACCACGCUGGAUACCGCGAUGAGGGAUCACUUCCAGACCAGUCAAAGCGGAUUCUCGACUUCCGGGCUGGAAUCGACCUCCCACCUCAACUCGUUGCUUCUUCGCAACGACUUUGGCAUGUUUGGUCGAUUGGUUAUGGUAGUCACGCUUCUGAGAGGAUUGGUCGCACUUGGACGAGGCGAUCCGGAGGCGGCUGAUAUGCUGCACGGCUGGGGUGUCAACUUGGCAUCUGUCGCCAACGGCAAGAUGAUGGUAGCUAUGGUCAAAGCCUAUGGUCAGGCGUUGCAAAAGUGGCGGCAAGGCUGGGAUUUCGAUAGUCUAUGCGCCGCCUCAAUUAUGACGCCAACUCUCAAGGCGGAUCCAGUCCCUCACUACGAAUCAGCUGCAUCGCGACACAACUCGCUCGGGGGGACUAGCACGUCUGCCUCUAGCCAGAGUGUCGUCACACCGCGGGAUGAUCAGGAUUUUAUCGGUAGUCGAGCAAAGGGCAAGCUAAUGUUUUACGAAGAGGCUCUCCCUUACUACUGGUUGAGCCAGACAAUCUACUCGAGUGUAGCUAGCGACACGACCAUCAUCACGGAUCCCGACAUGCAGCCGGGUCAAUUCGCUCGAGAUCGUUUGGCCGAACUCGAUAUGAAAGCGAUGUUACAAAGCGCCCGUGUUUUCACUCGAAUGGGCGAAGGUGUGCCCAAUACUGUAUGAACGUUCACCCAGGCCUCGCUUUGAACCCAUGUAGCCCUAUCGUAAACUGCACCCUGUUGUAGAGAGCUUCUUAUGACAAAUUUCGUCUAUAUAAUAUCCGAUACAAAGGCGC